CAAGUAACAACAACCAUGGCAAACAAAGCUCUCGUCGCUCUGACCGUACUCGUGUGCGCCCAGGCAGUCUUCGGUGUGACCGUCAUCUCCAAGUCGGAAUGGGGUGGUCGUGCACCAACAAGCAAAACAACGCUGGCCAGCAAACUUAGCUAUGCUGUGAUCCAUCACACCGCCGGCAACUACUGCACCACCAAGGCUGCCUGCAUCACUCAGCUGAAGAACAUCCAAGCCUACCACAUGGACAGCUUGGGCUGGGCUGAUAUUGGCUACAACUUCCUGAUCGGCGGUGAUGGCAAUGUGUACGAGGGUCGCGGCUGGAAUGUGAUGGGAGCUCAUGCCACCAACUGGAACUCCAAGUCCAUUGGCAUCUCCUUCCUCGGCAACUACAACAACGAUAAACUGACCUCUGGCCAGAUUACCGCCGCUAAGGGUCUGCUAUCCGAUGCCGUCUCUCGUGGUCAGAUCGUCUCAGGCUACAUCUUGUACGGUCAUCGUCAGGUCAGCGCAACUGAAUGCCCCGGCACCAAUGUCUGGAAUGAGAUCCGCUCCUGGUCCAACUGGAAGGCCUAAAUCUUCAUUUCAUAUUUAAAAAUGCUGCAAUAAAAAAAUUCUAAAAAUAUAAUAUACGACAGGUACAUACAUA